AUGGAGACCAGUUCUACAUCAAUCAACAUCCCUGAGACGAAGUCCAAGUCCAAAGGAAAAGCCCCAUUGUCAACCACUUCGAAAGCUGUCGGUUUUGGCGUCCAACAACCGAGACGGGGAGUGAAAAAGGGAAUUGCCGUGGGUGACUUCAUUCUACGGCUCUGCGCCAUGGCAGCCACCAUGGGUGCCGCUAUAACCGUGGGGAUUGCCGAUCAGACUCUCCCUUUUUUCACUCAGUUCUUCCAGUUCCAAGCUCAAUACGAUGAUCUUCCAACUUUGGUGUUUUUCUUGAUAGCUAAUUCCAUAGUUGCCGGUUAUCUUAUCCUUUCAUUGCCGUUCUCCAUAAUCUGCAUCAUUCGUCCACUUGCAACAACGCCGAGGCUCCUUCUCGUCAUCUUUGACGCUGCGAUGGCGGGUUUAACUAUAGCAGCGGCUUCAGCUUCUGCAUCGAUUAUAUAUUUGGCUCAUAACGGGAACCCAAACACCAACUGGCUACCUUUCUGUCAACAGUUUGGUGAUUUUUGUCAGGCAGUAAGCGGAGCUGCGGUGGGUUCUUUCAUAGCUGGCGCCAUCCUCUUGUUUAUACUCAUCCUUUCAGCUUUUGCUCUUAAAAGAACCUGAGAAAAAUCAC